CCAACAGUGAAACCAGAUGACAAUUUUAAUCCUGAUGAUGAUUGUGAAAGAUUACGGAAAGCUAUGGAUGGAUUGGGUACAGAUGAACAGACCAUUAUAGAUAUUAUAUGUUCUAAAGAUAAUGCUCAAAGACAGACUUUAAAACAAAAAUAUGCACAAAAAUACAAGAAAAGGGAUCUGGUUUCUGAUCUGAAAUCUGAAUUAAGUGGUGAUUUUGAAGAAGUCAUUCUUGCCCUGAUGAUGCCAUCAAAUCAGUAUGAUGUUCAUUGUUUCCAUGAAGCUAUAUCUGGAGCUGGUACAGAUGAAUCUAUGUUACUGACACUGCUUGCAACCAAAACACCGUCCGAAAUGAAAUCGAUAAAAUCAGAAUACAAGAAAGCUUAUAAAAAGGAUUUAGAUAAAGCUAUAGAGAGUGAUACGAGUGGAGAUUUUAGAGAAUUAUUGUUAGCUCUAUCAAAAGGAGACAAACCGCAGGGAUCAACGGUUAAUAAGAAAGAUGCUGAAGAGGAUGCUAAGAAAAUUCACAUGGACGGUAAAGGAAAACCAGAUGAUGAGGUAUUUAAGAAUUUGAUGACGAAGAAGAACUCGGAACAGAUCAAAGCCACAUUUGCUGAAUAUAAGAAGCUAUCAGGAAAAGAUAUUUAUGACACCAUGAAGAAGAAUCUAAAAGGUGAUGCCAAAGAUGCAUAUAUAACUUUAGGCAAGAUGUGUGAAAAUGAUGAAGCUACAUUUUAUUGUGAUCAACUAAAAGAAGCUGCUGAUGGUAUGGGGACUAACGAUAGUAAACUCAUCAGAAUAAUAGUUACCCGAUCUGAGAUUGAUCUAGCCACCAUUAAGGGAAAAUACAAGAAGAAGAAUAAGAAAACGUUAAAUGAUAUGGUAGAUUCAGAGUGUAGUGGGGACUAUAAGAAAGCUUUAUUAAAAAUAAUUGGUGAAAAGUAA